AUGUCGUCGAACAAUAGGAAGAAACUGCUUCUGAUGGGGCGGUCCGGGUCCGGUAAAUCGUCAAUGAGGUCAAUCAUUUUUAGUAACUACUCAGCGUUUGACACUAGGAGGUUGGGCGCCACCAUCGAUGUAGAACACUCGCAUUUAAGGUUCCUUGGAAAUAUGACUCUGAAUCUGUGGGAUUGCGGUGGUCAGGAUGUGUUUAUGGAGAACUACUUCACUAAGCAGAAGGACCAUAUUUUCCAAAUGGUGCAGGUGUUAAUACACGUGUUCGAUGUGGAGUCCACUGAGGUGCUUAAAGAUAUCGAGAUAUUUGCGAAAGCUUUGAAGCAGUUGAGGAAGUACUCCCCGGACGCCAAGAUUUUUGUUCUUUUGCACAAGAUGGAUUUGGUUCAGCUAGACAAGAGAGAGGAACUGUUCCAAAUCAUGAUGAGAAACCUGAGUGAAACGUCUUCUGAAUUCGGAUUCCCCAAUCUGAUAGGUUUCCCGACCUCAAUUUGGGAUGAGAGUUUAUACAAAGCGUGGUCGCAAAUUGUGUGCUCGCUAAUACCUAAUAUGUCCAACCACCAAAGUAACUUGAAGAAAUUCAAAGGGGUUAUGAAUGCACUCGAAAUUAUUCUUUUCGAAAGAACGACUUUCCUCGUGAUAUGUUCCAGCAAUGGUGAAAACAGCGACGAUGGCCACGAGAGCACGGAUAACAGUAACGCUUUAUUAGAUCCUAAGCGAUUUGAAAAGAUCUCGAACAUAAUGAAAAAUUUCAAGCAGAGUUGCACGAAACUAAAGAGCGGAUUUAAGACAUUGAUAUUAAACAAUAACAUCUACGUUAGCGAGUUAUCAUCGAACAUGGUGUGCUUCAUAGUUUUGAAAGAAAUGAAUAUUCCGCAGGAGCUAGUUCUUGAAAACAUCAAAAAGGCCAAAGAGUUUUUUCAAUGA